AUGGGCAAUGAUCGCGAUCUCAAUUCCACACAAAAUUUGGUUCACCCGGACUGGGAAAUACUAGACCCUACACCGGAUAUUUUCGCUCUGUUCCCUUUAUUUGACCGCAAGUUCUUCCAAGGCAAGUUGGGCUGCGUGCAGCUGGAGUGGAGUAAAAAAAUGUACAACUGUGCCGGAAUAUGCUACCAGCGAUCGAAUCGGAUGGGUAAAAGCUGUAUCAUAAGACUAAGUGAACCCCUACUGAAAUUGCGACCCCGAAAAGAUUUGGUACAAACGCUGCUGCACGAGAUGAUUCAUGCGUAUUGCUUCGUUCUUGGCAUCCGGGAAGGUAACGGUGGACACGGUCCAACGUUUAAGAAAAUAAUGAACGGAAUUAAUAAAAUAGCUGGCACACAUAUUACAGUUUAUCACACAUUUCACGACGAGGUAAACAUUUACAAAACGCAUUGGUGGAAGUGCAAUGGGCCAUGCCAACACAAACAUCCCUUUUACGGGGUGGUGAAACGUACAGCAAAUCGCAAACCCGGUCCUAGUGAUUUCUGGUGGAAAGAGCAUAAUCUGACCUGUGGGGGGGAGUUUGUGAAAAUUCGUGAACCUUCGCCAAAACGAAAAAUUACAAAAAAUAAGGAAAACCCACCUGGAUUUUUCACACCAAGUCAGAAGAAAAAACCCGAGCCGAGUAGCUCGAAGUCGAUCUCCAAUAGCCCACAGAAAAAUCUAAUAUCAAAUUACUAUAACAACACUACCACGUAUGGAACCGGAUCUCCUGCAAAUGCACCUUCUUCUGCCCGCUCUGUUCGAAAACCGAUGUAUACGCCUGGUGUGAAACCCAAUUUCGGUGGUGGAACGUUGGUCAUUCGAAAGCCACCAUCCACUGUUGUUGCAAAACCCGUUCCGGUUACACCAAAAGUAGAAAAACCAACUACUGCCGCACCGACGCUUUCAUCGCACCGUCCGCAAGCUGAAGGUAAUUUGCGCAACGUGGUUCAGCUUAAGGACAUAAAGAUUGAUGACGAAGAAGCCAAUCCCCGCAAGCCCUCGGGAUCACCCAUCGGGCCAUUAUUUGCAGGUCAUGGUUACACUCUCGGAUCAUCAUCGAAUGGUGAACGGAGAAGCCGACUUUUAGAUCAAUUCCCUACGCCCAAAAUCAAACCUUUACAACCCAAAAGGGCACGCACCGAAGACACUAUUUCCGUGGAUUCCGUGCUCCUGUCCGACGAUUCCGACGAUCUGUUUGACGCAAUUGACCCGACGGAGGUGGAACGAACGGUGGCUAAAAUUAAAAUGGAACGACAGGAUGCUAUCAAGAAGGAAAUCAUCGAUUCUUUCGCUGGUGACGAAAUCGAUGAUAUCGUGCUAAUAGACGACGACUAUGAAGACGAGUUGGUGGACGAAGAACUUGCAUCAAUGGAUGGCUCGUUGCUCGAUCGCUCCGUUAUCGACGAUCUAUUUAACGAUAACGACGAGCUGAUCGAAGAUUAUAAUCGAACGAAUGCAAAAAUUAAAACCGAAAACGUCGACGAUGAAAUUGUCUCGUGUCCAACGUGUUUCAAAAAAAUUGCACGUAAAUCAGUCGGAGAUCACCUAGAACAUUGCUUUAGCACCAUUGCUGAAGGCAUUGAUAGAGGUGACAAUUCAGAGAAAGCGUUCGUUAAACGGGAAAGUGACACCAUUAGACCAUCAACAUCGAAAGCAACUCAAGAGCGAACAAAGCCGGUAAUUAAACAAGAAAUGCACGAAUCAACUGUCACCUCCGGGUCAGAUGCACACGAAGCACGUCGGCAGCUUUUGCUUGAUUGUGGCUACACAGAUGAUUACAUUGCAUCCGUGCUGAACGACUGUGCCGAUGACCUACCAACGCCGGAUCUUUCCAGCCUGUUACGAGAGAGCGGCAUCACGGAAGAGGACAUUGCACGUGCCUUGCAUGGGUCGAGCCGUGACGAUUCAUUGGAGGACGACGUGGAAUUCGUGUCAAACGUUGAUAGCUGUGACUGUCCAAGCUGCGGGAAAGCGGUUAACCUCGCUCAUAUUAAUCAACAUCUUGACCAGUGUCUGUUCAAAUAACGAUACAUAAAACUGAAAAUCGUGAAAAUUGAAUGAAAAUACUUACAAUCUUUUAUAUUUCGU